AUGCCCUGGGAUAUCCUUGCGAUGUUGUCGCAGGGUUGGGGCAUCCGCGCGUUAAACGCCAUUCCAAAGGGCUCCUUUAUUUGCACCUACGCCGGAGCUAUCUACGACGACAACAUGGCCAUUGACUAUCUGACCUGUGGACCCUGUUUUGUUGACUUUUUGUUAAUUGAUGUAACGGUUUCCAAAUCUAAUGCACUAUCUUCCCCCCUUCCCCUCUCCCACACCCUGCUUCCCCCCAAAAACAAUCAGGAGGGCUAUGGUUUUGGGGACGAGUACCAGGCCGAGUUGGACUACAUUGAGACGAUAGAGAAACCCAAGGAGGACUAUGAGCCCUACGCCAUCGAACCCUCCGACUCCUUCGAUGAAUACGAGUGCGCCUCGCCGGCCAGCCUGCCGGCUUCUUCCAACACUUCCAGACGAAGC